GACUGUUUUUUCAUGUCUUGCUUCCAAAAGAAAACUGUAUUUGACAUCUUCUAUGUCCAGGCAGUUGUUCGACAUGAUAAUGCUUUUGUUUUGAAGGCUGACUACUUUUAUAUCCGGUAGUACUCUCUAACGCUGACAAACUUAUCUAGCUGUUACUGUCUUUGAGCAUCACCCAAACAUUAGCCUGCUGAGUAGCUUCUAGCUAGCAAAACUCUUCUGAGAACAGCUCAUUAGCCGAGCUAAUCUAUGAGUCGCAAAAGAAAUCACAAUUUCGCUGACACAAACCUGUCUCCUGAACUCCACGGCGCCUUCAUGGAGCCUCCUGGGUCAGCGAACCGAGCCGACGCCGAUUUCCUGGAGCUGGAGCCUGACGAGGAGCUGCUCUGUUCGGUCAGCGACAUCACCGAGCACCUCGGCAGAAACAUCACUGUGGUGCUGGAGACAGCGCUGUCUGAGAUCCGCAAAAUGGUCAGCAUUAGGGUACGAGUGCUGAAAAUGGAGCUACGCGAGAAAACCGAAGAAAUUGAGGUGUUAAAGGCGAGACUGGACACGGUCCAGAGGGACGGUAGGGACCCUUUCACCGGCGUUACCAGCAUGGAGCCGUCUUCAGAGGCUGGCUUCAGGAAGCCAGACCUCAGCUCCGGCACCAAACACAACAGCGCUGACCCCCGGAGAGCCAAAGCUGUCAUGCCCGGAGUGAAGAAGGAGAACAUAGAUGCUAUUUGUGACUAUCUCAUGAAAGAUAAGAACUCGAGGGGGUGUACAGAUAUGGACGGAGACCAGAGCAGCCAAGCCAGCGGCGACAGGGAGGCUCGCCAAGAGCCAGAUCCGCACUCCCUCAACCUGUGGCCGGACAGCGGGAUGGCUGGCUCCGGGCCUGGACACGGAGACUCCGAGUCCACCACAGACGACAUCUUCAGUAUGCUCCCCUCUGGCAGCAAACGCAUCUAUGACUAUGAGUGGAUAGCACCAAUGGAGUAUUCCUCAGACCUGAAAGUCAUGAAGGAGCCAGAGAGUGACAACACCCCAACUGGUGAGACAGAAGAAGAAGAAGAUGAUGAUGAUGAAGAUGAGUCAUCGAGGAGGGAGGGGGGUGGUGGGCUGGACCAGACACAGGCCCCGCUCUCACAUGUCCAGGCCCCUGACUUCUCCAUGGAGCCCCAGAGCUCUCCAGGGGAGGGUGGGAGUCCCCUGGAGGGCAGCACAGACAGGCCCGAGGCAGGCCAGCAGUUCCCCAGCCACACCUACAUCUGCUCUCUGUGUGGAACCUUCUGCCCUGACUCUGUGUUCCUGGAGGAACAUGUUAAACUGAUACACUCAGACACAACCGGUGCCCAAUCUCUGCAGGCACUGCAGUCCACCUCUGCAGCUGCACCCACCAUGGGGGACAGCAGCAGUGACUCCAGGAGGGGUGGAGGUGGGCAGAAUGAGGGUAGCGCAGGACCAGGGGCUGGUGCAGGCAUCAGUCGGCGAGGGGGGCCUGUGAAAAAGGAGAUUAAAAUCGAGGGCGGGUAUGAGUGUGGGGACUGCGGCCGCCAUUUUAACUACCUGGGCAACCUGCGGCAGCACCAGCGUAUCCACACCGGAGAGAAGCCCUUCAUGUGUCCAGAGUGUGGGGAGAGGUUCCGCCAUGCAGCCCGGUUAAAAAGCCACAGGCUGGUCCACAGCGGUGCCCAGAGCCCCUUCCCCUGCCCCCAGUGUGGGAAAGGUUUCUCAGUGCUCUCUGGACUUAAGAGACACCAGCGGGUGCACACCGGUGAGAGCCCGUACGCUUGUCCGCAGUGCGGCCGGCGCUUUAAGGAGCUGGGGAACUUGUAUACCCACCAGAGGAUCCACAGUGGAGCCACACCCUACUGCUGCCAGCAGUGCGGACGCAGCUUCCGCCACCUGGGCACCUACAAGAGCCACCGCUGCACACCAGCACAGUAAUCCGCUACAGCUCACUGACAGCUGACAACCUGACAAAGUCAAAGCGUACGUCAAAAACAGACAUAGAGCUCAAUCUGAGAUGCGUCCUCAUCGUGUGGCUGUCUGCUGUCACUGCGGGAGGUGGGCAGGUGAAUUGGGGAAUGGGGCGGGUUUUCUGAGAUUUUGCCCAAGCUUUCCUGUUUUGUCACAUUCAUGAUAUUUCACCUCCUCUCCACCAUCAAGGAAACUAUCAUCUUAAUCUUAUAAACGGUAGUUUUGACAAAACAAUCUCAACUGAAGGUCUACUUGAAAGGUGAGUGUGGAGGUUUAUUCUUGAGCAUGGAAACUUUGGAGUUGGAGGUAGUUGUCUUGAGUUGAGAUCGUUUGUUAAAAAGCUGUAUCAGGCACAACAUGGAAAUGAGAUAAAGCAUGCAGACUGUGUUUUUUAGGUCAUGUCAAAGUCAUCAUGAGGGGAGGUGAAUCGAGGCCCCAGAGGAAGACCUUCCCCUUUUUAUGACUGGAUGGGAUCGGUGCAUAAGCUCAUAGAAAAACUUAAUGCGUUUUGUAUGUUUAGGUCCGUUUUAUUUCAAUUCACAUAGUGUAUAUUAAAGGAUAAUUUCUGUUAAUUAAAAUUUGGCAAUCAUUUCUAACUCUAGCCCCAAGAAACACAAGCAGUCAGAUGAUCAGAAAGGUUGCAAACGAGCCAACAGUUUAUUCAUCUAAACUUUAAUUUUGAGGUCAAACUGAAAGUGAAACACCUGCUAAUGAUCCCUCAUUGAAGAGGAAAACUGUGUGAGGACGUAUAGUAAGUACAGAGUUGGUCUGUAAACUGAUGGACGUUUACAACAGACAGUUUGGGUGAUAAUGUUAUGCCUUUGUUCUCUCUUCCAAAGGAGUUUGACUAACCUGUUGUUGGUUUGUUUCUAACCUGUCUGAUCAUCGAUUAUAACAGAUAGACUCGAUGGCCAGAGAUACAACAAUAAAACCCAAGUUGUAACAAACUGUAGUUUUCCUUUAGUGGCUCAAAGGUUUCGGAGCAUCCUGGAAGUCAUGAUUGCACCACACCGGCAACUUCUCAUAUCAGUCUGUACUGGAGCGACUAUCUGAAAGACACUUCAGUUUUCUGCAGGUUUUUAUAUCACUCAGAUUGGCUGUGAGGAAAAUAGGAAAAAGGAGGAAAACACUCAAGGUUUUACGUGUAAUCUUGGAGAGUUGAAGAGAAGAUGACAUAUAUGAUUUAAAACAGGGCACCACGGAUUGGGAAUUUGAGAAAAUUCAAGCACAAGAACUAUCUAGAGAAAAUAAAGCACUAAAGUCAGUAUUUCAGACAUGAAGCAGGAGAGACUGAACAAGAAAGCCUGGUGAAAGUAGCAACGAAAGCAUUUGAAUAGAUCUGGGGUCUGCAUUAUGAGCAUAUUGUUUUUAAAGACAGAUUCAGAGACAGCAGGAGAGGACAGUUAACAAGGUCCUACGCCAUACUUGAAUCCUUCAUUUCACUCACAGCUGAUUUGCACCUUCACUCGCUGAGCCUCCAGGAUGCCCUGUCAUAUGACCUCACUCUGUGCCGAUGGGAGGGACCUGCUAACAGAGUGGUGGGAUACUAUCACCCACAUGUGGACCGUCUGUGCAACUGCAACUAAAAUAUCUUCUGGGUUUACUUUCAUCUUGAUGCUGCUUGGUGCUAUGUGUAGAGCAGAAAGUUUAUCAUAUCAUUUUUAACCAGUGUAAUCUACUGUUACAGACUGUAUAUUGGUCAUUUUAUAUGUUUGCUUGUAUGAUGACUAAGAAUUGUGUGAUGACAGAGAAAAAAGAAAAUAACAUCCAAAAUGUCCGGUGUGUUUUCUAAAUUAGAAAAAGUGACCCGUGUACUGAUUUACUCACGCUUGUGUGUGAAAUGACUUCCUGGAUCUCAGCGCUGUGUGAAAGACUGUGACAAAAGCAAGAAAAUGGCAACUUAUCCAAACCUGUGGAUGUGACAUGCUAACCAUUGACAAUCUGCUUUCAAAUAAACAGUUGUCUGAAUAUCA